UCGGAACCACCAAACAAUCCCGUCUUAAUCCAGUGGAUCCUCGACACCCGGUCCUGGUUUCCCUCAGCCGCUAAGACCCGUGAUCUUGAAGUCCAUGCAUCCCGUCCCCUCUCCCUCCUCACCCCUACCGAGCGCGCCUCCGUGCUCAAAUACUUCCAUGUCCGCGACGCCAAAAUGGCGCUCGCCUCCGCUCUGCUCAAGCGGUACACCAUCGCGCGCCUGGCAGGCGUGGCCUGGUCAUCCACCACGGCCGGGUUCACGCGCGACGAGCGCACCACCAAGCCCAUCUGGCGCGACCCUGCAACCGGUGCACAGCCAGUUGCCUUCAACGUGUCGCACCAGGCCGGAAUCGUCGCGCUCGUGGCUGUGGCGGACUAUCCCGGCUCGGGGGCGCAGUCGGAGGCGGGGGCCAAGGUGGAGGUCGGUGUGGAUGUUGUGUGUACAUCCGAACGCAGGGAUCGCGAUCAGGACUUGAUUAGAAAGGAAGGCUGGGGCAGCUUUGUCGAUAUGCACGCUGAUGUUUUCGCCAUGGGGGAGACGAGUUAUUUGAAAUAUCAGGUGUUGAGCGCUGUGCCGGGGUUGGUAGAGAGAGGAGGAGGAGGAGGAGGAGGGCCGCCGACGCCGGAGCAGGUGGCGGAUGGGAAGCUGAGGGCUUUCUAUGCGCUUUGGGCGCUCAGGGAGGCGUAUGUGAAACUGACGGGUGAGGCGUUGCUGGCGGAAUGGUUGGGGGAGUUGGAGUUUAGGUAUUUUAGGCCGAGUCGGCCGACGCCAGCUUGGGAUGUGCCGGCUGUUGAGACGAAGGAGGGUGAAGAGGAAGGAGAGGACGCGCAGGUGCUGAGGAAAUUCGAGAUACGGUUUAGAGGGAAGAAGGUGGAGGAUGUGAAUAUGUGUUUGCGAUCAAUGGGACCGGAUUACAUGGUUGCUACGGCCGUGAGGACACCAGAGGACCCAACUGUUGGGCUAAGAUGGAGGCUUGGGCCGUAUGAGACAUUGGCGCUGGAUGACUUGUUGAGCUUUGUAGACUCGGCCGUGUAGCAGGACUGUCGAUUCGGCAAGCACAGACAAUUUCAAUGAAGUGCAGUAUGUCA